GCCAAAACAAUCAUGGCCAUGUAAUGGUCUGAAUCGUUGCUAUUUUGCAAAUUCAUGCUGACGCUAAUCAUGGGGCAGGGCUCACUUUCAUCAACCCUACACGUCAUACACCUCUCCACGUGUCGCAGUUCCACAGGCUACCGACAUAGAUGACAGACCUCCACGCACGUUGCUAACGUGCACCCCCCAUCAUUCUCGCAUUCUAUCAGCCAAUUUACAUGCUCUCUCCUAUUGCCCUUUCUCCUUUCUUCUGUCGCCUCUCUGCAAAAUUCGCUCCUUCAAAUUCUGGAAUUCUCUCUGCUGCUGAACGACUCUUUCCGUAAGUAGUUUGAUUCUCUCUCUCCCCCACUCACUUUAUUCGGCGCGGGUUUUCCGGUUUUGAGCCGUUAGCUCUCUGUAAUUUUGCUUCCUAUGAGAUUUAUCUAGUCGAAGAGGCUCGGCCGUUCCUCGUGAUUCGUGCUGAUUUUGAUAUUCUUAAUUGGGCACGUACUCUUUUUGAUUCGUUCUUAUUGAUUUCCAUUUCUUUCUGUUCCCAUCAACUCAUUCCUCUGUGUUUAGCAAAUAGUUUUGCCGCCACAGUCUGUUCCUUUUCUUUGGAGCUGAUCCCAUACUCAGAAUUAAACAUUCCUGUUUACUCUAGGGUUUUGUGUCUUGGUUGAAUCUCGUUGAUUAAGAUUUGGUGUGUGAGUUCGGAUUUUAUUUUGUGGGUAACCGAGAGAGUAUCAGUUUCGUGAUUAACUGGCUGACUAUUCGAUUGGGGUCGGAAUGAAAUGAGACGCCGCCCUUUGGCGGGCGUUAUCCCUGGACAAAUGCAGAAAGGGGCAGUAAAAGGCCAGAAUUCUCGGCUUUGCUGUUUGGCAUCCUUGUCCGCUUUUUUCUGGUUUUUGCUACUGUACUUUCACUUUGUGGUGCUAGGAGGUACUAAUGUUGAUCAGUCAACGAAACUAGAACCUGCUUCUGUUAUUCAUGAAUCGACCCCAGUUCCUGUAGCCAAAGUCAGUCAAGGACUAACCCCUCCAAGAAAUAUCGGCAUUCAUCAGUUGCAGAGGCCUCCAAAAGAUGACAAUGCCCGUCAGGUACAAAGCCCUGAGAAGAAUUAUCCAUUUAUAAAAGCAAUGCGAACUUCCGAAAACAAGAGUGACCCUUGUGGGGGGAGGUAUAUUUAUGUGCACGAUCUUCCCUCAAAGUUUAACGAGGAUAUGUUGAAGCAGUGCAGGACUUUAAGUCUGUGGACUAAUAUGUGUAAGUUUACCACUAAUACUGGGCUUGGUCCGCCGCUGGAGAAUGUUGAAGGGGUGUUCUCAGAUACGGGAUGGUACGCCACAAAUCAGUUUGCUGUCGAUGUGAUAUUCAACAAUCGGAUGAAACAGUAUGACUGCUUGACAAAGGAUUCGUCUAUUGCUGCUGCAAUUUUUGUACCCUUCUAUGCUGGGUUUGAUAUUGCACGUUAUCUUUGGGGUUAUAAUAUUUCAAUGAGAGAUGCCGCAUCACUUGAGUUGGUUGACUGGCUUAUGAAGAGGCCAGAGUGGGGUAUAAUGAAUGGUAGAGACCAUUUUCUUGUUGCAGGAAGAAUAACAUGGGAUUUCCGGAGACUAAGUGAUGAAGAAUCAGAUUGGGGUAGUAAGCUUUUGUUUUUACCAGCAGCAAAGAAUAUGUCCAUGCUUGUGGUUGAAUCCAGUCCCUGGAAUGCCAAUGAUUUUGGUAUUCCAUAUCCCACAUACUUCCACCCUGCAAAAGAUGCUGAUGUGUUCAUUUGGCAGGACAGAAUGAGACGAUUAGAGAGGAAGUGGCUUUUCUCAUUUGCUGGAGCUCCACGUCCUGACAACCCCAAAUCAAUUAGGGGGCAGAUAAUUGACCAAUGCAAGAGGUCAAAGGUUGGUAAGCUGUUGGAAUGUGACUUUGGUGAAAGCAAAUGCCAUUCUCCAAGCAGCAUAAUGCAGAUGUUUCAGAGCUCGCUUUUCUGCCUGCAACCCCAGGGUGAUUCAUACACAAGGAGAUCUGCUUUUGAUUCAAUGUUGGCUGGUUGUAUACCUGUCUUCUUCCAUCCGGGUUCAGCAUACACACAAUAUACAUGGCAUCUUCCUAAGAACUAUUCCAAAUAUUCUGUCUUUAUUCCAGAGGAUGAUAUUCGGAAGAGGAAUGUCAGCAUAGAGGAAAGGCUAAGGCAGAUACCUUCUGAGCAGGUGAAAAUCAUGAGGGAGGAGGUCAUUAGUCUCAUUCCAAGACUCGUAUAUGCCGAUCCUCGCUCUAAAUUGGAGACUCUUAAAGAUGCCUUCGAUGUUGCUGUACAGGCAGUUAUUGACAAGGUUUCGACUUUAAGGAAGGAUAUCAUUGCAGGGCAUACAAAUGACAACUUCAUUGAGGAGAACAGCUGGAAAUAUGCAUUGUUAGAGGAGCGGCAGCAUGUGGUAGGACCUCAUGAAUGGGAUCCUUUCUUCUCAAAGCCAAAGGACGGAAAUGGGGAUUCCAAUGAAUCCUCUGUUGAAGCUGCUAAAAAUUCUUGGAAGAAUGAGCAAAGGGGUCAUUCAUGAAAAAGGAAGAACUUGUUUGCAAGAUUAGUUGACAGGCCUUGUCACAGAAGCAUUAGUACUGCACGGAACCUUAGAUUGAGGGUUGUUUUGGCUACCGUUCAAAUAAUUAAUUUGCUUCACUUGUGCCUGAGAAAGAAUUGCUAAUUUGCAUUUAUGUAACAAUUUUCUGGUCCUACUUCGUGGGAGAUGCCUUUUAACCAUAUACAACCUAAGUGAAUUGAUCGGCUUGUGGCUAGUCGAUGGAUGGAAAUGGUGGAAACCAUGAGCUGUUACUCGCCGUGGCUGUUGCUUUUUCUUUGUGAAAGUCUUGUCUCUGGCUUUCGAAAAAAGGGAGUCUGGUGGGAUGAGGCUCUGCAAAUUCUACCAGAGUUGAGUUUCCAUCUUCAUUCAGUAGUUAUAGAUGACCGACAGUCUGAUGAUUUUGAUUUUUGCAUUGAUGAUGGAUGAAAUGACUAAUGGUCUUGAGAUGAAAUUUGAAAACUUUUUCUGCGGAUAUAACAUUAACAUCUUAUGGUGUGUAUGACAGUGUG